AUGCUUCUUGAAAAUUUAGAAGAAAAGUCUUCUAAAAAUUCUCAUUGGAAAAGCACAGUCAUCGAAAGCGAAUACAUGAAUGCAUCUGUAUCAACUACUUAGGCAUAUUUUAGUGGUUUUACAGCCAAUCUUGUAAGAGGCACAAACUUCUAUGCGGAAAUAAAAGAAUCUAUAGAAGAAGAAAUGUUCUAUGGGAAAGGAGCAGGCUGUCAACACGUCGCUGGUUAAUAUAAGAAGCUCAGGAUGUGA